AUGCGCUCCUUGUCCUCCCUCACGUCCACGCAGACCGCAACGGAGCCGCGCGCCACGAGCGCGACGCUGCUGCCCCCGGGGGGCGGCCGACCAGUGCUACACCCUCAACGCGCGUCCGCCCCGAUCCUGCGCGCGGACUUUGGCGGCCAGCCGGCGUCCUCCGACGUCCCCAGCACCGUCAAGCUGCUGAGCGAGCUGGAGCGGUCCUGGGCCAUGUUCGCCGCCUCGUGGAAGGUCGUGGACCUGUUCGCGGGCAUGCAGAUCUGGCAGGAGCAAGGCGGCGACGCGGGGGCUUCUUCGCCCUCCUCGUCCUCCGAGCCGCUCAACAACGUGCUGCUGUCCACGGCGUCCGCGGGGCUCGUGACGUUCCUGGCGGGCCACAUCGGCGGCGGCGGCUUCGUCGUGUCCGUGCUGCUCACGCUGCUGGUGGUGGCCGCCGCGCUCUGGACGCUGUCCAACGCGCGCGCCAAGAGCGCCGUGCCGUGCUUCAAGACGCUGCAGGUGGUGGACGGCUCGCCGUCCGAGAUCUUCCUCUACCUCAUGGGCAUCAAGAACUACCCGGUCUGGGACGCGUCCGUCGAGAGGGCCGAGGUCGUGCACACGAUCGACGACCACUCGGACAUCAUCCACAUCGUCUACAGACCCGUGUGGAUGUGGCCCAUGUAA